GAACAUCUAUCAAAAUGAGGGAGAUUGUGCAUCUUCAGGCCAGCCAGUGCGGAAACCAGAUUGGUGCCAAGUUCUGGGAGGUGAUCAGUGACGAACAUGGCAUUGACCCAACUGGAACAUACCACGGAGACAGUGACCUGCAGCUUGACAGGAUUAAUGUCUACUACAAUGAAGCUUCAGGUGGCAAAUAUGUUCCUCGUGCUGUUCUUGUUGAUCUGGAGCCAGGAACCAUGGACUCCGUCAGGUCCGGACCUUUCGGACAAGUCUUCAGGCCUGACAAAUUUGUUUUUGGUCAGAGUGGUGCUGGUAACAACUGGGCUAAAGGCCACUACACUGAAGGUGCAGAGCUGGUUGACUCUGUUCUGGAUGUGGUCAGGAAAGAGGCUGAAAGCUGCGACUGCCUGCAGGGUUUCCAGCUCACCCAUUCCCUCGGUGGUGGUACAGGCUCCGGUAUGGGAACCCUGCUGAUCAGUAAGAUCCGUGAAGAAUACCCAGAUCGCAUCAUGAACACGUUCAGCGUGGUGCCUUCUCCCAAAGUCUCUGACACAGUAGUUGAGCCGUACAAUGCCACACUGUCGGUUCAUCAGCUUGUAGAAAACACAGAUGAGACUUACUGCAUUGACAAUGAAGCCCUCUAAGACAUCUGCUUCCGCACACUUAAACUCACAACUCCCUCCUACGGUGACCUCAACCACCUGGUCUCUGCAGUUCAAAUGUAAGUCAACUAAUUGUAG